AUAGAAAUGAUUAUCCCAAUGUUAAUAACCAAUCAUAUUAUUGUUUGUUAUCAAGUUUAGUAUCUAUGGCUAAAAAUAAAGAAAAAAAUAUAUACUCGUGUACUUAUAUUAAAUUUUGUUGUUAAGUUGAUAAUACCAAAAGCAUGAGUAUAGAAAAGAAACCAACAGUAGUCUACUGUUAAAACUAUAAUAAACAUAGUAUAAUUGUAAAUUUUACAUGCUUCAUUACUAUAUCCUUUAUAAAGACAAGAAUAUUCAUAUAUAUUUCAUAUUACAUAAUAUAUGUUCUGGAAUUUAUACGGUACUUAUACCUUAGUAAUUACUUUAUUCAGUAUUAUAAAAUAUACAUCUAAUUCACCGUUACAUUCAAGAGAUUAUGUGAAUUCUAUUGAUCAUUCUAAAUUUGACAAUAUAAAUAAUGAAGAUUUAUUAGUACAUGAUGUAUUAUCUUACCUUCCAACAUCAGUUGAACCGUCGUCGUCGUCGUCGUCAUCAUCAUCGUUAUUAUUGCCGACAAUAGGGUCAGUAUCAUCUUCUAUUUCAUCAAUACCAAAUGAAGAAGAAAUAUUACGUUUACAAUUAGCAUUAGCUUUACAAGUUGAUUCAGAAGUGAAUAAAGCAAUUCAUUUAGAGAAUGCUGCUAAUGAAACAAUUCAAAAAGCUGAUUUAUUAAAUAAAGCAGCUGAUGAAGCUAAAUAUCGUGCUCAACUUGUUGGACAAAUAUUGAACUCAUUAAAACAAUCAUGGAAUACCACUACUACUAAUGAUAAUGAUAAUAAUAUCAUUGAUAAUUUUUCAAAUGAUGAUAACAUUCAUGAGAAGCGAGCAUUUAUAGAAGUGCCGAAAAUAAAUCAAGACUACUUACUUGAUGAAGAAGUAGGCGGUCAAAUUAUUACUGAUUAUAAUGAUAAUAAUAGAGAAAAACGUAAUCAAGAACAUCGUGGACAUCAUCAUCAGCAUCAGCAGCGUCAGCGUUAUAAUAAUAUGAAGAAAAAGAGAAAUAUUUUCCCUGUACCUGAUCCACAUAAUGAAUUAUAUGUUCAACACUUAUAUGAUUACCCUUUUCAUGAAUAUAUAGAUGAUGUUGAUGAUGAUGACGACAACAAGAAUAUAAUCCUAAAUGAUUCUGAACAAAAUAUUAAAAAACAAUUAACUUUAGAAAAGAUACGUUUAUUAAUUUUAAGACAAUUAAUAAAACAACAAAGGGAAUCAAAAGAAAAAGAACAAGAAAAAGAGCAAAAAGAAAUAAAAGAUCAUGAACAACAUCAUCUUCAUCAUUAUGAUCAUUCACAUGAUAAUAAUCAUAAUGAUUAUUUACAACUUGAUAAAAAUAUUAUCCCUUUACAUAUGAUUAAUCAAUAUCCAAAUCUAUAUAUUGAUCGACAAACAUGGAAAGAAUUACAUAAUCAAUAUGACAAUGAUCCUAUUGAUGAUAAACAGAUUAAUCUUGAUAUAAAUAAUGAUAAUAAUUACGAAAAGAAUCAUUAUGAAAUAAAAGAUCAUUUAUGGAAAAGAUCUGAUUUAAAUUCCUUAGAUAAUGAUGAUUCAAUAUUAUUUAAAUAAGUCAUUAUCAAAGGAAAGAACCAAAGUAACAUACAUUC